GAAGGAAGAAACAGAAGCUUGCCAAAGAGAGAGCAGGGCUUUCAAAGUUGCCUGAUCUGAAAGAUGCUGAAGCAGUUCAGAAGUUUUUCCUUGAGGAGAUUCAGCUUGGCGAGGAACUACUAGCUCAAGGUGAAUAUGAGAAAGGUGUUGAUCAUUUGACCAAUGCCAUUGCUGUGUGUGGACAGCCACAGCAGCUACUACAAGUUCUACAGCAGACUCUUCCACCACCAGUGUUUCAAAUGCUUCUAACUAAGCUCCCUACAAUAAGCCAGAGAAUUGUAAGUGCACAGUGCUUGGCUGAAGAUGAUGUUGAAUGAGGUCACACCACAACAGGGGGAAAAAAUGUUUUCUUACCCCAGAAGAUGAGCAUCAGUAGGGGGAUAAAGGGGCAAACAUAGUAGUUAAUGGACUGUGUACCACAUCGGGUUCUACCAGAGUUAAAAUUAACUUUGUGUAGGUGGGUUUCGCAGGAUUUUAUUUAUUAUCCCAGUGAAAAGUGUAUUUUGAUAAGAAUUCAUUUUAUAAAUACACUGUGUUGAGUUAUCAAAGUAUCACUAACUUCAUUAUUAUUAAAAUAUGCAGUUGUAAUGUUGUACAUAUAAAGACAUAAAACUACGACCUAUUAAAAACCCAAUGCUCAUUUUUGAAAAAAAACAAAGUUAUGGCAAUAAAGAUUUAUCUGCACUUGUGUGUCCCUAUAGUACUACUUUAAAUUUCAGAACAUUUGGGUGUCAGAGCAAAUGAUUGAAAAAUGACUUAACAUUAAAAUUUAUUUUUAAUGUUA